AUGAAGACUGCAGAGAGUGAGAUCCCCGAUGCUCACUUCUCUGUAGAUAAACAGAACAUCUCCCUCUGGCCCCGAGAGCCUCCUCCCAAGAUGGGUUCGUCUCCAGUUCUGAGGAAACUUUGCACAGUUCGUGCUGCCUUCGUCAUCCUGACACUGGUCCUUCUCACCUCUGUCGUGCUGCAGGCCGUUCUCUAUCCCUGGUUUAUGGGCACACUGUCAGAUGUAAAGACCAAUGGCCAGUUACUGAAAGGUCGUGUGGACAACAUCAGCACCCUGAGUUCUGAAAUUAAGAGGAAUAGAGUUGGCGUGAAGGCGACUGGCAUUCAGGUCCAGAUGGUGAAUGCUAGCCUGGAUCAUGUGCGCUCUCAGAUCCGGAGGCUGGAAACCGGUGUGAGGGCAGCCAAUGCACAGAUCCGGAUACUAACAACAAGUUGGGAGGAAGUCGACAGUUUAAAUGCCCAGAUCCCAGAAUUAAAAAGAGAUUUGGAUAAAGCCAGCGCAUUAAAUGUAAAGGUUCGAGGACUCCAGAGCAGUUUGGAGACCAUCAGCAAGUUACUCAAAAAGCAAAAUGACAUUCUACAGAUGGUUUCUCAAGGCUGGAAGUACUUCGAAGAGAACUUCUAUUACUUUUCUCAUGUCCCAAAGACCUGGUACAGCGCCCAACAGUUCUGUAAGUCCAGGAAUUCAGACCUGACCUCAGUGACCUCAGACAGUGAGCAGGAGUUUCUGUACAAGACGGCAGGCGGGAUUUUCUUCUGGAUUGGCCUGACCAAAGCAGGGAGUGAAGGGGAGUGGUACUGGGUGGAUAACUCUCCAUUCAACAAGGUCCAGAGUAUGAAGUUCUGGAGUCCAGGUGAGCCCAACAAUGCUAGGAACAAUGAACAUUGUGUCCAUUUAGAGGUGUCCUCACUUCAGUCAUGGAAUGAUGCCUCCUGUGACCAUCAGCUCCUUUUUAUCUGUAAACGUCAUUAUAUUCCAUCUGAACAAUGA